AUGGCCAAUAAGAUUGUAUAUUGUUUUGUCCUAGGUGAUACUGGAAAUACUUUUCUGGUUACUAUUGCUGAACCAACAACUCUCAUUAAUAAUAAUGAACACCCAAUUAAUGACAUAACCGUUGCUUUCUUCAAGGAUCUUAUCUGGGAUAAGAAAGGAAGUGUCCUUAAAACUAGUAGACCUGGUAUAACUUCUGAUAUGCUGGAUCUUUGGAAAGUUGAAAUCGAAGAAACAGCGACAAACAUAAAACUACUGAAAAAUACUGAAACUGACAUUGAAAAGGCAUUCGAAGGAGAGAAGCUGACAACAUUUGAAAAGAUUAAUGAGAUUUUCCCAAAACCUUCACCGAAAUACAUCCACAUCAUCAUGCAACCACCUCUGUCUGCCACCACUGAGCACAAACAGAAAAAAGGCGCCUUUGGUAUAGAGAUCCUAAGGAAACAUCUGUUAUUUAAGCAUGAUCUCUUUAAGGAUUUAUACAUUUAUCAACAUCCGCCAGAAAUUUAUGUUAAGAGUAUAAUAAGGAAAUGGAAUGAAUCAGAUUUGCCUCUAAUUCCUGUCAUCCGUCUUGAUUUCUCUGUUUUAACCUUAAACGAAGGAUCAGAAAUGCUAAGGAAUGAACUUAUCCAAUUGCUAAAAUCUAUUGGGGAGUCAUAUGGUAUUACUUUAAAGCUUGAUAGUGUUAAAGGUAUCACCAAAGAACUAAUUACAACACUUGCUGGUCAUGAAGAAAACAUGUAUGAGAAAGUGGUAAUUCUCAUAAAUGAGUAUGAUUCACCAAUAUUAAAUGCCUUUGAUGCUAUGAAAGAGAGCUUGACCAUUGCAGAUCACAACCAUGGGGUAUUGAAGGGUUUCUUUGAAAUGUUAAAGUCAUCGCAACAAUACAUUAAAUUUUGUUUUGUGACCGGCGUCACGAUGUUUUCAAAUAUGGAAUUAUUUUCAGGAGCAAAUCAACUUACGGAUAUGACAAUGAGGGAUAAAUUAUCAGAUGCGUAUGGCUUUAUGGAAGAUGAGAUAGUAAAAGCCUUUGAAUUCUCAGGAGGUUAUGAUAUAAAAGAAACAAUGACUAAACUUCGGGAAAGAUACAAUGGCUACUUUUGGGAUGGCCAGACCAAAGUGUACAAUCCGUACAGUGUAUGCAGUUUUUUUGAUGCAUAUCAAUUGGAAAACUUUUGGAUUAAGAAGGGGAGAACUAGCUUUUUGGCGAAGUUGAUUAGUAUAGAGCAUAUUAAGAACAUCACAAGCGAAACCACAAUCAAAAAAGAUUUUAUCAUUCCUGUCAGUAUUGAGAGUAUAAUGAAUUCAACACCCCCUAUCUCAUUAUUAUUUCAAGCAGGCUAUUUAACCAUCAAGCGAACAAUAGGUGAGGAUUUGUUUCUCGAAAUUCCAAACCAUGAAGUACGAGAUUCUUUAAUGAGUGAGCUAUGGUCAAAUUCCCUUGGUGUUACAAUAGAAAAAGCAUUUAAGAUAUAG